CGCACUCACACAAAACCGCGCCAUUCACCGCUCUUCCACUCACAACCGCAGGCACCAGCUUCCUUCAGCUACAUAUUACUUCUAUCCAUCGAUCGCACCUAUCCUCACCGCAACACUCAGCCCAACCGCAGCGACCGCAGCGACAGAUGCAGCAAAUGCAACACCUCUUCACGCAGCAGCAGCAGCACUACCCUGGCGAGUGGUCGCAGGGUCACCAUCAACUUCCCAAUCAUCAUGUAGCCCAGCACGGUCAGCUUCAGGCGCAGGCACAGGCGGCGCAAGCGCAAGCUCAAGCACAGGCUGCCGCAGCCGCCGCAGCCGCUGCGCAGGCUCAACAGCAGCACUACCAACGGAUCGCGGGCAACAAUGGGACCGCCGUCCCCGGUAAUGGCAUCGUGCCUCGCGGCCCCGCGAACGACAUGCAGGCCAACACUGAGAUUGGCAUGACCGAAGAGAACAGGCGCGUGCUCGACUGGAUCGCACAGCUCAUGAAGCCAGCAACGCGCGAGUCGGCCUUGCUCGAGCUCAGCAAGAAGCGCGAGCAGGUGCCAGAGCUCGCCCUUAUUCUGUGGCAUUCAUUUGGUGUUAUGGCCUCCCUUCUCCAAGAAAUCAUCUCCGUCUACCCUCUUCUCAACCCGUCGCAACUGACGGCUGCUGCUUCAAACCGCGUGUGCAAUGCACUUGCGCUCCUUCAAUGCGUAGCGUCCCACACCGAGACCCGUGGCCUCUUCCUGAGUGCGCACAUCCCGCUCUUCCUCUAUCCGUUUCUCAACACCACGUCGAAGUCGCGUCCGUUCGAAUACCUCCGUCUGACCUCCCUCGGUGUGAUUGGUGCCCUCGUCAAGAACGACUCUUCUGAAGUCAUCAACUUUCUUCUUACAACCGAGAUCAUUCCGCUCUGCCUUCGCAUCAUGGAGACAGGCUCAGAACUCAGCAAGACUGUCGCGAUCUUCAUUGUCCAGAAAAUUCUGCUCGACGAUAUUGGCCUCGCGUACAUAUGCCAAACAUACGAGCGCUUUUACGCAGUUGGCACCGUUCUUAGCAACAUGGUUAACCAGCUUGUAGAGCAGCAGACGGUCCGUCUCUUGAAGCAUGUCGUUCGCUGCUUCCUUCGUCUGAGUGACAACGCUCGCGCCCGUGAAGCUCUGCGUCAGUGCCUUCCUGAGCCCCUCAGGGACGCGACAUUUUCAUCAGUUCUUCGCGACGAUGCGGCUACCAAACGUUGCCUCGCUCAGCUGCUGAUUAACCUUUCGGACAACGUCGUUGAUGCUGCCAACAACCAGCAGCUGAUGCACUGAGGAGCCCUUGGGAAGCAGGUGUGACUUCCUUCACACACUCAGUUUAGUAGUGCAUCCUCACUUCGAUUUCUGUGUAAUUUAUAGGCUUCGACCUUCGACUUCAUUCAGCGUGGCGGCAUGCAUAGGGGACGGUUCGGGUACAUAUCACUUCGACCUGGAUAUGGUACGGUUCUGGCGUUGGGAUCUUUCCGAUGCGAUACCCGUGGGAACGUUGUUCACGACAUGUUCCUACAGCAUCUUAUCAUCUUUAUUGGACGACUCUCAUGGCGAGGAGUUAUGGGCAUUGCAUGGCGUGGUAUUUCUGUGCGUGGUUUGGCUUGGGACAAAAGCGAUAUGUAUAAUAUUUGGACAGCUUCGGUUAGCUGGAGCAAUGUAGG